ACGCUCGGGUCGUAUGAAUAAGUCAUAUAAUUGUCCCUCAAAUGGCAAAUGUAAUAUCAAUCAACUAACGAGAGGUGUAUGUAAAAAAUGUAGGCUUCAUAAAUGUUUAGCUGUCGGGAUGAGAAAGGAAUUUAUACGAAGUACUGAAGAAAAUCAACGGAGAAAACAAUUAAUCAAAGAAAAUAAGUUAAAACAACAACAACAAGAAAACUACAAGGGUCUGAAUCAAUUGGAGUGCACCAGGGUUACUGAGCUCAUGGGCGCGGCAAAUAUAUUUAGUACUCCGGCGGUUAAAAAGGAGUUUAUAUUAAAAAUGCAAAGUUUGGAGCAUUUAUUGAAAGACUAUUCAUAUGUGAACGACAAUAUGGUUAGGAAUAUAGUCUCGUAUUCCAAGUGUUUGAAUGGUUUUAAUAAUAUCUGUUCAGAGGACCAGUUGGCACUCAUUAAGUACGGCUCAUAUGAUUUGAAUUCAUUUCGGUGUCUCAGGUUUUACGACAGACACACCGAAUGCUUCGUAAUACCUGUGACCACGGACUUGACACUGGAAAUGAAUCUGAGCAUUUUCAAUCAUCAUAAUAAUUUCCAAUACAAUAAAUUAUUGAAAUAUUAUUUCGACAAAUUUUUAUCGGACUGCGAUUACAGCGACACUAUAGCUACAGAAUUGUUAAUGGCAAUCAUACUAUUUAACCCAGACCGACCCAACCUAUUGCAUAGACAUGUCGUUCAGCUGGAGCGACAACUUUAUGUAUAUCUUAUGCAAAGUAACUUCGGGAUUAGCAUUUGGAUUGGCUUCGGGAUUAGGAACCGUACUACCAUCGGGGUUAGAAACUUGAUUGGCUUCGGGAUUUGCAACAGUGCUAACUUCGGGAUUAGCAACGGGGUUGGUUUCGGGGUUAACAACGGUGCUAACUUCGGGGUUAACAACGGUGCUAACUUCGGGAUUUUCUUCGGGGUUAGCAACUGGAUUAGCAUCGAGAUUAGCAACGGUGCUAACUUCGGGAUUAUCAACGGGAUUGGCUUCGGGAUUAGCAACGGGAGUGGUUUCAGGGAUAACAACGGUACUAACUUCAGGAUUAUCAACCGGAUUGGCUUCGGGAGUAGCAACUGGAUUAGGUUUGGGAUUAGCAACGGUACUAACUUCGGGAUUAGCAACUGGAUUGGUUUCGGGACUGGCAGCGGUACUAACUUCAGUAGUGACAGUGCUAAUGGCUUCAGCACUCGGGUGGACCGCAGGGUUUAUUGUCGCGGAGCGGGAACUCACAGUAGUCUUCAUUACUUCUAUUAU